AUGGAAAUUUCACCGGUAUUCAAAGUCACAGCAGGCUUACUGAUGGCUACUGUGAUGACAAUAUUUUAUAUUAACAAGCCAUCUACGGGAGUUGUACCAGAAUUGCCGAAUACCUGGUGGGGUCCAGGAACAGAAAAUUUACAAACUGACAAAACUGUCAGACAGUUUGAAAUUUUAUUUACUAAAGCGCAAGUGAAUGACCUGAAAAGCAGAUUGAAAAACACGAGAGACUUGGCUCCACCUUUGAAAGGUACAGGAUGGUCUUACGGAACCAAUGGGACUUUUUUGAAAAAAAAUAUUGUUGAUUACUGGCUGAACAAGUAUGACUUCAAAAAGCGGCUCGCGUAUUUGAACAAGUACGACCAAUUUAAAACAAACAUUCAAGGUCUGGACAUUCAUUUUAUUCACGUGAAGCCUAAAAAUACCCAAGGAAAAAACGUGUUACCUUUGUUAAUUCUCCACGGCUGGCCAGGAUCAGUCAGAGAAUUUUACGAAUUAAUUCCCAUGCUAACUUCUCCACAAGCAGACCAUGAUUUUGUCUUUGAAGUUAUUGCGCCUUCGUUACCAGGUUUUGGUUUCUCCAGCUCUGCAGUGAGACCUGGGUUGGGUGCCAAAGAAAUGGCUGUUGUUAUGAUGAAUCUGAUGCGCAGACUGAGCUUCGAUAAAUUUUAUACCCAAGGCGGCGACUGGGGAGCUAAGAUUUGUGGACAAAUGGCGACGUUAUUUCCUGAACAUCUCUUGGGAAUCCAUUUAAACUAUUGUUAUCUUGCGGAAUGGAAAUCAGUGUUCAAAAUAUUUUUAUACAGUUUCUUUCCUUCAUUACUACUGCCUAAAGAAGAUCAUCAUCUUCUUUAUCCAAUGAAGAAACAUUUCUUCAAAACACUUCUCGAGACUGGUUACUUACAUAUACAAGCAACCAAACCUGACACUGUUGGAAUUGGUCUGAGUGACUCACCAGCAGCACUAGCCGGUUAUGUGCUAGAAAAAUUUUCUUAUGGCACAAACCCUUCUUAUCAAUCCAAAGAUGAUGGCGGAAUUUAUGAAAAAUUCACCCCAGACACUUUAAUCGACAAUUUAAUGAUCUACUGGAUCUCAAACAGCAUAACAACGUCCAUGCGACUUUACGCAGAGUCAUUGAAUUCUUUUAGUAGACUCUCCGAAUUAUCGUGGCCUAUCAAAGUACCCACAGCCUGUGCACAAUUUCCACACGAGUUAUUUUAUUAUCCUCCGAAAUUGCUUCAAGACAAAUACCUCAAUCUAAUCCAGGUAACGAGGAUGCCUCGAGGAGGACAUUUUCCUGCGCUAGAAGAACCAAAACUUUUGUCCGAUGAUAUUUGGAAAUUUACAGCGGCUACAUUUAACUCUUCCAAAUUAUCAGAAACCAAAAAAGAUGAAUUUUAA